AUGACUUCUUCACUACCAUCGUUAUUCGUAAAUAUUACUAAACGAGCAUUUAUAAAUAAUCAGAGACGAAAUACUUGGAUCUUGAGGCAUGUAAUUCCUCCACCAAGCACUCCAACAGGUAGUCAUCAAAGGCGACCUGAUGAGUUACAAGAUUUUAUGAAAUACGAGGUGGUAGAUUAUGAAAAUAAGUAUCCAGCUGGGCCACUGAAAGUUAUUCUACUUGAAGAUGUUGAAGGAAUUGGUAAUCAAUUUGAUGUAGUUGAAGUUAAUCGAAAAUUAGCCAGGCUUGAUUUAUUAUUAACUCGAAAAGCGACAUACGCUUCGCCUUUUGAUUUGGAAUAUUAUGGCAAAUUAAGAGAGCAAAUGAAAGAUGAACUAGAAAAGCGCGUUCGAAUUCCUUAUGAAUAUAUUGUAAUUGGUAAAGAAUUAAUGAGUAAAGUUAUAGCUCUACGCGUUUCUAUCGACCAGCCGUGGACCUUAGAUCGAGAUAUUACCAAAUUAUCACUAUUACUUGCAGGAAUUCGUAUUACCGAUAAUAUGAUAUUUUUGGAUGGUGACCCUAUAAGUGGACCAAAUUUAGAAUUGGAGGGAGCUUUUUUGCGUUUUUAUGUCGUAAUAAAUAAUCAGUACGUUGUACCAAUGAUAGGACGAAUAUCACACGUUUCGGCAGAUAAGGAUUUUCAAGUUCUUCAACCAGAAUCAUCAUUCAUUCCUAAUGAAAGCGAUUUAAAGCGCUGUGGAAUAAUGCCUGAAAAGCCGUAUUUCAAUAGGACACCUGAUCUUGGCCCAAACACUGACAUCGUCCAAAUUAUGAAAACAUUUAGAGAAGAGGCGAAAUAA